GAAUAAUUAUAAAUUACAUGAUUUUCCGAUUAAAACACAUAAAAGAGAAACAGUUAUUGAAAUAUUAUAUUGAAAAUAAUUAAGUCUAAAAAUGUCAGAAAAUAUAUGUAACAGAAAUAUUUUAGAUAUUGCUAAUAAAACACCUCAAUUAAGUGAUCAUCAAUUAUCAUUUAUGAACAAUGAAACAGAGCCAAUAUCGAAAUUUCGAAGAGCUUUACCGCAAUUCAUAGCUGUAUCAGUUAAUAAUGUGAUCUUGAUUGUUUAUGGAAUGGUAUUGGGUUUUCCAAUUGUAAUAAUACCGGCCAUUCAAUUGGGUCACAACUAUAGAAACAAUGAUUUAUUUCUCAAUAAAGAUGAAAUUAUUUGGCUGAGCACGAUCAGUUUAACAUGUGUUCCUUUUGGUUCCAUUGUAUCUGGAUUCUAUUGUGAAUAUAUUGGAAAGAAAAGAGGUUUACAGCUGAUUAAUAUACCAAUAAUAAUAUCGUUUUUAUUAUACCAUUUUGCAACAACUCCAGAACAUUUAUAUUUGGCAUUGGGAUUAUCAUCAUUAAGCUGCGGUCUAAUUGAAACACCAAUAAUAUUAUAUAUUGCUGAAACAGUAGAACCAAAAUAUCGUGGUUGUUUAAUUGCAUCAGGUUCCAUUUUUAUAUUACUUGGAAUAAUUUUUCAAUAUUAUAUUUGCUCGAUUUUACAUUGGAGAAUGGUUGCUGCAAUUUUAACUUUGUUUCCUGUAAUAUCAAUAAUAUUAUUAUUUUUUAUACCAGAAACUGCAGUUUGGCUAAUUCGUCAAAAUAAUUUAUUAGAAGCUAUAAAAUCUUUGAGAUGGUUUCGUGGCUGGGUUUCUGAAAAUAUGAUCGAAAGAGAAUUUUUAGAAAUUUAUGAUAGAAUCAAUAAAUGCCACCUAAUCAAUAGCAAAAAUAUAGAAGAAAAAAGGAAUGCCUUGAAUUGUUAUAUACAAAAACUGACGAUUUUAAAACGCAAGAUUUUAUGGUAUCCUUUUAUGUUAAUAUUAUUUAUAUUCUUUGUUGGGCAUUUUUCUGGUAAGACACCGUUGCGCACUUAUAUUGUUCAAAUAUUUCAUACACUGAAAGCGCCUUUAAAAAAAUAUGAAGCAACUAUGUUAUUAAAUUUAUUUGAAAUAUUAGGUGCUUCAUUUUGUGUUGUUUUAUUGCAAUAUAUUGGAAAACGUAAAUUAAUAUUUAUUUCGAGUAUAGGUACAGCGAUUUGUUUUUUUGGAGCUGCAACAUAUUCUUAUUUUUUAUAUAAGAUACCAGGUUAUUCUGUUGACAACGUUGUUAGUGAUGUAGCUCAAAUUCCAAACCAAAAUAUUAUUACAAUUAAAAAUAUAACAGAAAUUUUCAACCAUAAUUCUGAGCAUCAAUUAGGAAAGAAUAAAAACACAGAAGUAGAAUCAAGAGAAAAUUAUGAUUUUUCAACGAAUUUAUACAACACUACCAAUAUAACAAUUGGAGAAUAUCCUAUUGAAACUGAAAGAAAAUAUGAUUACAAUAACGAAAUUAACAUGCAAAAGGAAGAAUUAUUUGAUGGAUUGGUAAAGAUAACUGAGAAUGAAAAGGGACGAUUAACAAUCCAAAUUCCAAAACAAGAAGAAAAUAAUUUACUUUUUCUUCCCUUAAUUUUACUUUUUAGUGCAGUUUUCUUUGCUCAUAUUGGAAUAAAAACUAUUCCAUGGAUAUUAAUUGGAGAAAUAUUCCCAGAGGAGAUACGAAGUUAUGUGGCCGGUUUAACAAGUGGAUUUGGAUUCUUUUUUGGUUUUCUUGCUAAUUAUUUCUUUCUAGAUAUGGUUAACUAUUUGAGUAUAACUGGAACAUUUCUUUUUUUUUCUGUUAUAGCAAUAUAUGGCACAACAAUUUUAUAUUUUACUCUGCCAGAAACAGAAAACGAAUCUUUAAAAGAUAUUGAAAUCUAUUUCCAAUGCAACGAAUUUUUACAUUUACAUAAUAUACGCAAAUAAAGUGUUAAGUUUUCCAAAGAUAAAAUUUUUAAGACUUAAAAUUUUGUAAGAGAAAAUUAAAAAAUAAUUAUAAA